AUGAAAACAAGACGACGAGCCACCGGGCCUAUUUUCACAUUUUGUCUGCUCUUCCUCAUUUCCUUUUUCCCCAUCCUUCGGGAACGAAGUCAACUGAGAGGCAUUCUUCAGCAAAUAAUUGCCGAUUCGUCGUCCCUAACAGAAUUGGUUUUCAGAACUUCCAGCACCGACGAAACCGACAACAACAAGCACUUUAUGCUACCCGAACAUGAACUAGUAUUUCGAUUCGACAAGACAUCGUCGGUUUAUGAUUCUGCCGACGACGAGGAUGGGGAUGAAAGUCCAGUGGAUAUGGUGAGCUAUAAUGAAGCUAAUGAUGAGGAAGGUGAAGAACCCAAUAAUACCGGUAAAUCUUCAGUAACAUUACCUAAUCAUAUCGAAAAGACAGCAAGAAACCAAUACGAUCAAGAAACGAUUGAACGGAUAAAGGCAGCCGUCUUCAACGAUGCUUCCGUCAGCUCUGUGAACGCUCCAACAGAAGUUGAGAAGACAGCGACAAACAAUGAUUUCAUCCACGAACAAGAAGAAGCGACCGAACCAGACGAUACGAAUGCCACUCUGCGUGAGAAUAGAAGUAGAUGGAGCAGGCAAAUGUGGCAAUCAAUAUCGAAAGACUCUGUUAGCAGCACAGUCCAGGUUGACGAAAUGCACAAUGGGGAAAUGAUAGAUGGUCAACUGGUCGUCAACGUAGACCAGACCUACAUGUUUUGGAAUGAUGGACAAAAGAAGCUUUGUGAGCUACUGCAGAACAUGACUCUAGCCGACAAUUGGGAUGUGCCAGAAUUUGUCAACGAGACCACCAGAGACCCACUCGAACGUCCACUCUUGAACGUGACCAUGAAUUGUACAGCCGAAACCAAAAAGGAGGGAUUCGGACAAGGAAAUUGGGUAACCGCAUACUACAUGGCAAGACUAGCGGCCGCCAAAGCAAGGGUCGACUUUCAAUUUCAGUGUUCCGAUGGUACCAACAGCAAAAUGAAGCUUUUGCUUCCGUGGUUUGGUGGUCGUUUCGACGCACCCAAUGUCAGCCAUGCUUGGCCCUACAGCGGCUCCAUCCCCACUCAAGAGGAAGCAUGUACCACCAAAUACCCCAGAAUCCGGAUUGACAAAUUAGCUGAUCAAAUCACUGACACGGUACGAAAAAUGGCAGUCACAUUGGUUGGAUCUACUACUAGGGACGACGAAACUAGAGUCCAUCCUCAAGUUCCACAAGAACAGGCUCCACUAAUACCCAAUGUAGAGCUGGACGAUGCCGUCAUUCAUUUUCGCUGCGGUGAUGUUAUGGGAGGAGCUCGACGGGGUGACUUUGGAAUGAUUAAAUUCACAGAAUAUGAACGGUGGAUAUCACCCGACGCCAAGAGCAUUGGCAUUUUGACGCAACCAUUUGACCCGUCUCGAAAUCGUCGACUGGACAUUGGUCGCAUCCACUAUUGUCGAAACGCCACCUAUACGCUUGUAGAAAUCCUGCAAAAGACGUACCCCAAUACAAAGAUCACAGUCCAUAACGGGCCAAACGAAACCCUUCCUUUGGCCUUUGCGCGUCUGGUAUCGGCGAAUCAAAGCUUUACGACCCUCAGCUCGUUCGGAAUCUUUCCUGUUAUUGGAACCUAUGGGCAAGGAUAUUUUCAGCGAGGCAACCGGGGCGUCAAUCCAUUUGCAAAUUAUUUGCCGUCGAUAAUGCCUAAUCUUCACAUGAUGACCGCUGAAGUUUUGACCACUGGCGACAUGUGGAGGAUGAACUUGACAUCGAUCUUGACUUGGAUGACAUCUCCUACUACUGAUGUCAAACAGCAAUAG